GAAAAAGCAUCAACAACAGCAACAGUAGCCCACAAUAAAAGCCGAAAAGAAGAAUACAAGAUCCACCUCGAACCUCUCUCCACUUCCCUCCACCCAAACUUUUUUCACCACCACCACGACGGCCAUAACCGUUGCCACCACCACCACCACUGUCUCCUUCUCUAUCUCGAACAACAACUUUCCAAUCUUUUUAUCAUCACCCCCUCUUUUUUAUCAUUGAAUUCGUUAACCCAAUAACAACCGCAUAUAACAUCUCACACCAAUCAAUCACUUGACUUUUAACAAGUGGCAGUUUUGUAAAAUAAUGAGGGAGGAAGACUCGAAUUGGUUCUCGAGAUGGGAAGAAGAGCUCCCUUCUCCUGAAGAACUCAUGCCUCUUUCUCAAACCCUAAUCACUCCUGGUCUGGCUUAUGCUUUCGAUAUUCGAAACCCCAUCAAUAAUAAUAAUAUUAAUACUUCGCCCAAUCACGUCUCACAGCCGUCGCAGCAGCCGUCGCAGCAAGUCACUCCUCCGCCCGGCGGGAACAACCCUAUGGCGCCGUCUCCCCCUGAAUUCGCGGCUGAGAAUUCGGCGGAGUUGGGGUCCGGUGCCGGCAGCGAUGAGCCCGCCAGAACCCUGAAGCGGCCCAGGCUGGUGUGGACCCCACAGCUGCAUAAACGAUUUGUGGAUGCUGUGGCCCACUUGGGGAUCAAGAAUGCUGUGCCCAAGACUAUAAUGCAACUAAUGAGUGUUGAUGGGUUAACGAGAGAGAACGUCGCCAGUCAUUUGCAAAAAUACCGCCUUUAUUUGAAAAGAAUGCAAGGGUUAUCCGGUGGUGGUAACGGUGCUGGAGGUGUUAACGGUGCUGGAGGCGGAGCUGCUGGGUUAGCUGCCUCGGCUGAUCCGGCCACUGACCAUUUGUUUGCCAGCUCACCGGUUCCUCCGCAUUUCUUGCAUCCGGGUCGGGGUAAUUCGGAACAUUUCUUGCCUUAUGUUCCUGUGGCUGCACUGCAGCAUCACCAGCAGCAGAUGGCGGCAGUUGCUGCGGUGACUAAUCCACAUUAUCAUAGGCAAAUGGGUCAUUUUGGGUCGCCACCAAAUGGGCAAUUCGAGCAUCCGUUUCUUGCUAGACAACCGGCUCAGCAACCGGUUCAUAGGAUAGGGGCACCGGUUCAUAAUUCGGUACCGGGUUAUGUGGAGGAUUUAGAGUCAGCUAAUGGAGGAAGGAAGGUUCUCACUCUGUUUCCUACUGGGGAUGAUUGAAUUGGGAGCCUGUUGUGUCUCCUGGUAGCUUCUGGUGAGGGAUAUUGAUCGUGAUGUCACUUUGAGCGUUAAUAAUGUUUCUAAGCUUGUCUAUGGAAGCAGUUCUUGCAGUCUUGUGAUAUUUUUUCAGUCUGAGUUUCUUAGAGAUGGCUUUAUGCCACAGUAGUUGGCGGAUCGGCUGCACUUUCUUACGUUUAGAGUCUUCUUAUCAGGGACAUAAUUUUGAUGGUAUUGGUGGUGGGGUUUGCUGGAGCAACAAAUUGACCAAAUUUGAGCUUGCAGGUGAGGAUAAAUAAUGCUCGCAGGUUCAAUUUAUGUUCUCUAGAAAUCUAAAAAUAUGGGGGUUGCGAUCCUUGGUUUCCACAUUUGGCACUGAAUUUCUCGGCAAUAUCCAAAAAUCUCCUGUUUUAAGAGUUAUCUUUUCUUUUUCUUAGUUCAGUGUUAUGUAGAGGUGAGUUGUACUUUUUGUACAUUGUGUGAUUCCAUAGAAGACUUUAGCUACCCUUGAUGUAAGGGAAUCAUCAAACAAUUCUGAUGUUAUUAGAAUGCUAAAUUUAAUUUCAUGCCCCAUGGAACAUUGAAGUAUCUGAAUCUUUCGAAUUUCCUAGUAUCCAUAUCUUUACUGUGCUGUUGUUAUUGAA